UGUACUAACAAUAUUAAUAUAUGUAAUUUGCCUUAUACGUUAGCAAAUGACUUCCAUUUUUAACUCUUUAAGAGCUUAACUCUAGUUAAAACCGUUAACUCCUCUCAGUUUAUAUAUAUCCAACACCAGAACCUCUCUAUCUCCUAAUCACAUAACCAUGCUCUCUUCUUCUUCUUCUCUAUUUCUGUCCUCCCCAACCCCGAUCCUCUGCGUCAAACCCAAAACAACCGUUCCAACAUCGCCUCGUGUUAGAUUUCAUUCAACCGUCGCGGCCGCCACAACAACAACAACUGCUUAUUCAUACACUUCAACGGAAAAUACAAGGUCCAAGACGACCACAUAUCGGAGUCCUCCUCACCCCAUGGCAUCAUGCGCUGCCUCAUUUUACGAGAUUCUCGGAAUACCCUUGGGAGCAUCUAAUCACGAGAUUAAAACCGCAUAUCGACGACUGGCCAGGACUUUCCAUCCCGAUGUUGCAAGAAUUGAUUGUAAGGAUUCAUCGGCGGACUCCUUCAUCAAGAUUCAUGCCGCUUACUGCACUCUAUCGGAUCCUGAAAAACGCGCGGUCUAUGAUCAGAAACUUUUCCGAAGAAACAGACCGUUGACUACUGUUUCCGGAUUUUCAGGAUACUCUGGUCGGAACUGGGAGACUGACCAGUGUUGGUAGAGAGUUGAUUCACCUAGUUAAGUUACUACUGAUCAAUAUUAUUGCAGAUUUAGUAGUUUGUAUAUAUGGGAAUGUCUCCCUUUGUAUAUAUUUUAAGAAGAAGCAAGAGUUUUUAUUAAGUUACCAACA